AUGUCAGCCAAUCCACCUGAUUCUACCAACCCUCACCCUCACGCUCAAAUAAUAUUGGUACCUGAUGUUCAAGAGGCGAUGCGAAACGACCUUUCUAACAGGCGGAGCACAUGUAGAGGUUUCUCAAUCGAUUUCAAAUUCGAUACGAUUCUACCUCCCGAAGCUCAAGAUGCAUACGAUAAUAUACCAAAAGUACUGAACCUCUCUGGUGUAGUCGCUCUUAGAUCAUCGUACGUUCAAGAAGGUAGAUCAAGAGUCGAUCUUAUUGGUGGAGAUGAGACGAUCAGAAUGUCGAGUGGAGUGAAAUGGACUUUACAUUUGAGAACUAAUAAGACGUUUUUCGAUCCGUACCUGUUCUGGCUGGCUGAUAAUGUUGAUGAUGAUAUCAAGUCGUGGGAUGACAUGGAAGAUGAAAGAAGGGAGAGGGAGAGAGAAAGGCGGGCGAGGGAGAAUGAGGAUACAUCAGGAGACUUGACGAGGACCUACUAG